CUCGCUGAGGUUUGCCAGCGAUUCGCGCGUGGUGCCGUACAGCCAAUCAGCGCGCGCCCAGAUAAGAUUAGAUCGCCGGGCACAUGAUUCCCGCGCUUUUCCCACUUCGUUCUCUCUCAACGUCCAGGGAGAGCCUCAGAGCCAUUGCCUGCGCGGUAUGCGUUUCCUUUGAUCGGUUGAGGAUUGUUCGAAGGCAUUCAUAGGUAUGUGAAGGGCUGCUCCAGAUAAGCUGUUCUUUUUUUUCUUGAGGUCCUCAAUUCCUCUGACCUGAUCCCCUGCAGGACUUGAGUUUUUUUUCCCCCCAUGCAGUCUGAGCAGUAAAGGGCCACCGAACGGCACAAUCGAUUGAUAAAUCCAUCCACAAUGCCUCCUCAUCUGCAUCCGCGGUCUACAUCGACCAUGUCGCUGUUUGCAGCCACGUUGGGGGCGUCGUUUGUUGUGGUCGGUCUGCCGCACCUUUUCCCCUGUCCCGCCCCGCGUCGCACGCUCGCCGACUCCGAGAUGAUGGUUACAGCCGAUGGACAGCAAAUACCGAGGAUCCGGCGCAGGAGACGGAAAGAGGCGGAUACAAUGGAGCUGUCGGAGCCCCCCUCUGGGUCUACCUACCCCGCCGCCACCGAUGAGGAGGUGACCUCCUUCCUACAGAUGGAGGAAGAGGCAGAACGGUUAGCGAAGCUGGGCAGAGAAUGCCCUGUCCCUAAGCCCAGUGGGAUGCUGGGCGACCUUCUCGGUUUCAGGCGGUAGGAGGUGGGCAGUGACGGAAUUACAGCAACAACGACAGCAACACUCAAGCGGUGUCCUUCCUGGCCGGCAUUGCGAGAGACAGUCUCAGUCUCACUCUUGUGGAGAUACUUCUGGUGCUCCGGUCAUCUCCUCUAACUACUCUGGUUGUACUUAACGUGUGUUAUGAUAUUAGCGUCUGGAGGCUGGUGGUUGUCUCGAGGGGAGACAUGCCUGCAGUCUACCUAUACCCAUGUAUUUUAGAUUUAAAAAAAAAAAAUAUAGAUCAAAUGUAUAUCUCCAAAUACAACGGAACUAAUCCCUCAUACGGGCUUUUUCAACGCAAUCCUCUUAAUUACAGAUGAUUCCCAGGCGA